AUGGCAGUGCUUGAGUUUGAAACCAAGGAUAACGGUUGCGUAGUGGAAAUAAUUUUAAUAGACCGUAACGAGCGACCUACACGACCCCAUAUACUCGCUGUUACGUCGUAUAUUACUCCGACAUUCUGCGACUACUGCGGCGAAAUUCUUGUUGGUCUUAUCAAACAGGGACUGCAAUGCGCUAAAUGCAGAUGCAAUUUCCACAAAAAGUGCGCAUUUGCACCAAGGAACAAUUGCGCCAAGAAUAAUUUAACCGCAAUUUACCCAAACUCCACACCUACAGCACUUACAGAUGAGCAGCUAUGUCAGCCUGGUGCUGUUUUUGCGCUACCACAUACGUUGGCUGUGCAUAAUUACAAAACAUUAACUGUCUGCAAAGUAUGCGAUAAAAUGCUAAUUGGCUUGAUCAAGCAAGGACUGCGAUGUCGCGACUGCAAGGUCAAUGUGCACAAGAAGUGUGCUUCGCUACUGCCAAUGAAUUGCCAGAUAGCAGACGGCGGUAUAACACCAUCGUUCGAUCAGCUUAGUGUCGGCGACGAUACAUCGCUAGUUUCAGGAACAUACGACGAAGUAGCGAAUGAAGGAAGCGAUUCCAUGAUUCCACUUGUCCGAUUACCAGGCCAAGCAUCAACAAGAACUGCCAAUCGACAGCCGUUGGCGGAGGGUUGGAUGAUACAUUUCAUGCUGGAUCAACCGGAACGACGCCUUAGGCACUACUGGAUUUUGACCGGUUGUGCUCUCAGUAUGUACAAUGAAUACAAUGAAGGUGUUAAUCCACAUCGCAUUUACCAGACAAUUCCUCUGGGAGAAAUCUUGGUGCUGACGCCUUACAAUGGACCUCCUGUGCAUUCCGGCUAUCCAGCUCACUGCUUUGAAAUUCGAACGACAUCGCACAUGGUAUAUUGCAUUGGUGAAAACCUUGAUGCAUAUGGUGCGCCGCCUACAAAGGUCCCACGCCAUGCAAGCGGUAAAAGUAAUUCAAACGCACAGAUGUGGUUCCAGGACUACCUAUAUUUUGUUGAGCAGGCAUUACAACAAGCACUGAGGCCACCGCCGUCUAGAAAUGAUUCGUCGAAUGUGGAGCCUGCCUUGCAAUUCACUGAACUAUACCAGAUUCUGAGCGACAAAACUCUCGGAUCGGGACAGUUUGGCACUGUGUAUGCAGGUGUUCAUCGACAAAGUGGUCGAGAAGUUGCCGUUAAAGUAAUAGCAAAAGAUCGCUUUUCGAAGAAAUCCUCGGCAGGUGUUGAGACCCUGCGAAGUGAAGUGGCGAUACUGCAAUCGAUUUGCCAUUCCGGGAUCAUCAAGCUGGAAUCGAUGUUCGAAACGAAGGAUAAAAUUUUUGUCGUAAUGGAAAAAAUGAAUGGUGAUAUGCUGGAGAUGAUUUUGAGCCAGGCAGCAGGACGUUUGGAUGAGCGAGUGACCAAAUUUUUAAUAAUGCAAAUUUUGUCUGCCCUUCGAUAUUUACAUUCAAAGGGUAUUGCGCACUGCGAUCUCAAACCUGAAAAUGUCUUAUUGUCUGAUCUCGUCAACGCCUUUCCUCAAACUAAAUUAUGCGAUUUCGGCUACGCUCGAUUUAUUGGCGAUGCUCAGUUCAGGAAAACAAUCGUUGGUACGCCGGCUUAUUUGGCUCCCGAGGUUCUCCAGAAGCGAGGUUUGGAUUUUGACAAAUAA